GUUUAUCAAAUUUUAAAAAAAGAUAAAUUUUAGAAUAGUGCAGCUGUUAAUGAAAUGUGUGUGGAUAUUUUGACCCCGUACACAAUAUUACGGUAUUUCUUCAUUUCAAAUCCACUUAGUAGACAGAAGAUGGCCACCGGAGGGGAGCAUAACUACCACCAAAAUAUACAAAAUCUGUACAAAGAAUGUGUUACUCCCGUUUUAAAGACAUUGUUACUGCAAAGGGUAAAAGAGCUCAAAGAACCAAAUCAACCAGACGAAAAAUGGACUGUUAACCUGUUCUUACAUAAACACAAAAGGCAAUUAUUUCCAUGUUUAAGGACUGAACAUUUAGAAGAUGUGCUCUACCCUUUCGAAGAACCUACUAAUAUGGACAAUUGGGAUUUUACUACAUAUGUGCUUGUUCUUCUACAGGUGUGUAAGCUAAGUGAAAAUCUACAGCAAGAUCUAAUAAAUUUGGACGAACUUGCGAAAAAGAUACAGUUGAAGCCAAAAAAUGAACUGUCAGAGGGGAUUUACUACGCAUAUCAGGACCGCAUACGAUGUCGCAUUACUCAAAUUUGUAAAAGUUUGGAUGAUGGAGGAAAUAGCCAUAAUAUAUUAUCAAGAUUUGAAGAAGUACGUCCACUGACUUCAAGAAGCAAAUACCCAAAUGGUUUCGCUCAGAAAUUUGAAAAGGAUGUUCAAGUCGUUAGUCAGUGUGAUACCGAUGCAAUAACAUAUUUGGAAUGGAUCGAAGACAAAUUGAAGAAAAUUGAAGUAAAUCCGCUAGUACCAGAACUUGAGGUUGUUGUUAUUCUGAAGCACUACAAUGAAAGAGAUGAGCAAAGGGUGUCAAGGUACAUCGAAACUGCUUUCAUGGAAGCCGUUAGGAAGUAUGACGUUGCUGUUUCCACUUCUCUAGAUAAGGUAUGGAAAAAGUUGAUACACGUAAACGGGAUAGAGAGAGUGAAAGCAGUGUCAGCAGCAUUGGAGAACUUGAUGCGGGUAAUGAAGUGGAGAAAUGCAGCACGAGCAAACAAAAGAAUAAAAAGGGGAGAAAAGAAAACCAGGGAGCAAGCAGAGGUGAAAGAAAGGGACGCAGAUAAAACAAAACAGGUGUUUGUAGAUCUAGAGGGAACUAUUAUUACACAAGCAGGGUAUAUAAAUGAAAUUGAUCAGUAUGGAAGAAGAAGUAAUGUGAUUAUAUCUGGAAUAAAGGAAGGGGCAGGGUCAAGUAUCGAAACGCCCGAGGAAACAUCAAAAAUGGUUAUUAAAACCCUGAACGAAAAUAUCAAGAGCCUAGAUAUGGCGAUGAAAGAUAUAGACAUGUGCCACAGACUCGGACGCCCCAGUGACAGAGCUAGGCCAAUAAUUGUGAGAUACAUCUCCAGGAUGGACAGAAACAUCCUAUUGAAACGGAGAAAAGAACUAAAAGAUGAGAAAGGAUUUAACCCUAAACAAGUAGAUGGGGCAGUCUCUAAGUCUUUACUUGUGGAAGAAAAUAUACAAUUCUAUGUCAAAAGAUUGUUCGAAGGACAACAAAGAAUAACGUCAGUGACAAGAGGAUGUGUGAAACUCAAGAUUCAAUGCGAAACAGUCAGGGCAGUAAUUGAUUUGUUGGAACAGAGCAUAACUGGACUCCUUACUUUCAACCUAGCGACGUUGGAGGAUAAAAUUCGGCUGUUCCAAGGACAUGAGCUGUUUGAUAUUUACGUUGGUGUUACGAGAGAAAGCUGCUGGAAACUGGUCAACGAAUUGAAGACUGUCGCAUUCGGGGGAUACAGGCAAGGAAGACUUCAUGAGAAGCUGACAAUUAAUCACAAACGGAUUGAAGAUGGACAGAAGAUAGUAAUAAAAUCCAGACCCACCACAGUGACAAGCGUGCAGGACCUUCGUCGCAUCGUUUCUUCUAACGAGAGAAUGCAAACAUGCAGAAAAUUGAGUGAACUUCUAACGAGGCAGCUGCCAUUAAGUGAAGGAACAAUCAACGUGUCUUUGGAUGUCAUACCAGACAUUGAGGUCAAAUCAAAAUAUGAUCCUGACUUCAGAAAAUGGAAAGAAGACGAAACAUUGGACACCAUUGCAGACACAAAGAAGAAUUACUUCAAAUGCCUGCACCAUGUAUAUCCCAAACGAGUUGUUUCAGAGUCGGGUAGCAAAUCAGUUGACAUAAUUAAUGAGGAUUCAAGUUCUCAUCCCCCGCAUACUUAUCCAAAAACACCGCUUCAUUUUGGGGGCGAGACGACUGAAGUCAGCAAGAGGAUGCACAUGAAAUUGCAAAGGCAAAAAGACGAGAUGAAGCAAGAACUAGAGCAGCUAGCCAUCCUUCCUGACACGCUCGACCUAGAACUAGAGCGACUACUCAUUCGAGAGCAGACAGCUUUGCCCUAUGCGGCAGAUCAGGAUCUGUGUAUGAAGAGUCUGACGAACCCGGAAAUCUCCUCAUGGAACAAGGAUAAAGAAAAGAAAGAGAUUCGAGCAAUUAAGGUAAAAUCAUAUGAACCAGACUCCAUCAAGUUGAAAGAGGACAAAACGUAA